GCUUCAAAAGAGAAACCCUGGUGAGAUGUUCACACAGGAGAGGAGGAGGAGGAGGAAGGGAGUUUGGGAGGUGGAGAAAGGGCGAGUGGGGGCGUCUUUAGAUUUGGAGUUUCCCAUGUGAUGUUCCAUCCUGAGCUGUGGUGGCUGGUCGUUUCGAGGGACGUGUGUGCUGUGUUGAUAGAGUUUUUUCGUGAGAAAAGUAGAAUUGAAUGUGUUUGAGGGUGCAGUGGAACUUAACGCUGGGUGAGGAUGAGUGAGGUGAAGGUGGAGGAGAGCAUCAUGUAUCUGUCACAGAGUGAGACUGGCGCCGGCCCAAAAGACUUGAAUGUGGUGGCCAUUCUCCAUAACUUCUGGGAGCAGAAGCAGACGGGUCCGUUAAGCGGUUCCUCCAGUGGAUCAGAGGGUUCUAGUGGGAACGCAGCUGGUCAGGCAGAGAAUCUGCUGUUGUAUGAAUCUGCACCUUCCCCUGGUCCUCCGUAUGUCUGCUAUGUCACUCUUCCUGGAGGAAGCUGCUUUGGUAACUACAAGGUGUGUGACACUCAAGCAGAGGCUCGGAGGGAUGCAGCUCGUGUUGCUCUGAUGAACUCGCUUGUGAACGAGUUGCCGUGUCGACGAAUCAGCCAUCAGUUCAUCACUCAGAGUUUGCAGCAGGCUGCCAGAGACAGUGCUGUCUGUUUAGAAGAUGCAUGUGAUUCGAGCACCAGCAUAGGAACCUACAGUUUGCUGCUGAACUCCUACAUAGGAAGGACCAUGCUGGAGUUCCAGGAGAUGAUGACAAUUUUCCAGUUGUUGCACUGGAACGGGACGCUGAAGGCUCUGAGGGAAAGGCAGUGCUCUCGACAGAGUGUGAUUGCCUAUUACUCUCAGCGAGGACUGGAUGAGUACAUGCGCAGCAGCAUGGCUCUGGACUGGCUCGGACGGGAGCAGAGAUCACCGGGGAUGCUCGGGGUGGAGCUGCAGGCGGCACAGAGGGAGCUGGUGUUGGCUCGCCGUCGAGGCAUUGAGCUACGCUUCAACAAAGAGAAGACUGAGAUCCUCAGCUUGGCUCUGAGCCAAGCAUACAUUCACCACACACCUGAAGUCUUCAAGGAGGCGCCGACUCACACAUACAAUCAAGAACAACUUCCUUUACACACUUUGUACAGCCAGGACACAGAAGACGAGAUAACCCCAAUGUUCAGUGUUCCACCGACCCUCCAUAAAAACCCAAUGCAAACAGACUUUUGUGGCUUUAAAUAACCUGGAAUACACCAAAUCAGAAGAGAGACGAUGGAUGAAGUUAUCAUACGGUUCAGUGAAUCAAUGAGUCAAUACAUGUUUCUACUUGAUAUGUGAGAACAAAACUUAUCAACCAUUUUCAGGGUCAUCUUCUGUUUAAACAUUACCAAAAGUUCAGUAACCUUGUCUAAUCUACAACUAUUGUGUAUUAUUAAGUGUGCAUUAUUAAUGUUGUAACUUUAACACUCUAACAUCACAUUUAGUUUUAUGGCUAUAAAACUAAACUGCAUUUUUUGCUUCUUUAAUCACAAGUGACAAAGCAUUCAAAUUAUUUUGACCAAAUAAUUGCAGAGUAGUUGCAUUAUUACAGUAACCAGAAGCAGAAGCAGAUGGGUUUAUAUAAGCUCAGUUGUGUUUUCUUGAAGUUUAUUAUGAUACACAAUGUGCCCUCCAAUUGAAAAUCAAGUUUUUUGCCUUGUAAGUAUGUCCAUAGGAGUUUUGUUGUUGUUGUUUUUAGAUUGGAAGACAUAUCAUGAAAAAAAUAAGCAGUCAAAGCAUUCCAUAGCAUUUUCAACUCUAAUAUUACAACUUGCCAUUGUAUAGUAUAAAACAGUUUUAAAGUGUUUCAGCAGAGUCUUGGGUUAACUGGUUUGCUUGAGCUGUUGCAAACGGUGAAGGUGUAAGAGACAGAGGCAGACUCCUUACUGCAGUUCUACACAUUCAGACAGAGUUUUACAUCUAAGCAAUUUUAAGUGAGGGAAGGAUUAUUUUUCAUGAGGAAAAACAUUUGUAAACAUGUUUAGUUGGUACACAGAAAUGAGUUUUUAGAGGUUUAAUCAAUGCCUACUGAGGGGCUUUCCAUUUUUUUGUCAAUAUACUGUUUAACCUGCCAAAAGUUCAGUGUUUCUCCCUGUCUCGUGCCUUGUGCUCUAACAUCCCAUAUUUUGUGUCAAUUUUCUCAGUAGAAAUUACUUGCCAGGGUAAUGCAGACACUGUAUUGAUUGGAUACUAUAAAAAGGACUCUUUUAUGAGUGUGAUGCAAAUGUUUUAGAUACUGUCAGAGAGCAGCUUUGUAGAAAAUGCCUUGUAGCUUUAAUGUAUUAAGAAGAUUAGCUCAUCAUACAGUGUAGCUGGUCAGUUCAAUUGCCGCUAUUAUAAUAAGAAUCAGCACUUAAAAUGUUCUUUGUUAUAAAAUGCAUAGAGGUCAAGUGCAUUUGACUUGUCAAUUUGGUUAUAGAUGACGAGUGAAUGCAUUUUAAAGGGAAAAAUGUUGAGUUUAUUGUUGUAAUAUACAUUUCAAAAUAAAUGUUCUUUUCUAUUACCCAU